AAAAACGGAGCCCCUGUUUCAGAGAUCAAGAGAACCUGUGAAAUGGGAUCAUUACCGAAGAAGACUCUGCAGCAAUACCUGUCGCAGCUUCAGCGAUACCCCCUAAGGACAAAGGCAAUUACUGCGGGAGUUUUGUCAGGUGUUAGUGAUGUGGUUUCGCAGAAACUCUCAGGCAUACAAAAGAUUCAGCUGAGAAGGCUUCUUCUCAAAGUGCUGUUUGGCACUGGCUUUCUCGGACCGUUUGGGCAUUUCUAUCAUAUACUUCUAGACAAGAUAUUUAAAGGGAAGAAAGACACCAAGACCAUUGCAAAGAAGGUGGUCGUUGAACAACUGACAUCGUCCCCGUUGAACCACUUGCUUUUUAUGAUAUAUUACGGAGUCGUCAUUGAAGGAAGGCCUUGGGUUCAUGUAAGAGACAAUAUCAAGAAGAACUACCCUUCGGUCCAGCUCACGGCUUGGACGUUCUUCCCAGUCGUGGGAUGGAUAAACCACCAGUACGUGCCGCUGCAUUUCCGCGUCAUCUUCCACAGCCUCGUUGCCUUCUUUUGGGGAAUUUUCCUGAACCUCCGGGCAAGAUCAAUGACACUGGCAUUGGCUGCAAAGGCAAAAUGAAACAGCGAAAUCGUUCACGAAAAACUUGGUAUUCAGAAUAAUGGCUUCUUGAUAUCCACCUUUAUUCAAGAUUGGAGAAACAUGUUCCGUAUUGAAUCUGUGUAAAGAAAUUUGAAGGAGAGAGCAUUUCAUUUCUUUCAAAUUAUUAUUACAGCGAUUA